CAACACCUUAUGUACCUUUCGCCUUUCCAACCUAUGCACGGGUGGAAAAUCCCGAAAACAUGUUACGGUUAAAUCAGAGUGCUUCAAACUUUAAUAAUAUUUCGUUUGCAACUCGUAAUGAACCUUUAGGUACCACGAAUGUUCCUUUUGCUGCGACUCAUUUUACUGAUUUACGACAAAAUGUUAGUGGUUCUUAUGGUCCUUUACCUAUUCCUUUGAAUACAAUACAUUACAAUGGUUUUUAUGGACCUCCUUGUAAUCCACCUUCACACUUAAUGCAUUCGAAUAUUUUCCAACAAAAUGCUGGUAAUAAUAAUAAUGUAGGAUCAGUUAAUGAGACACAACGAAGUAAUGUUAAUUCGAAAUUAUCGAAUAAUGCAGUGAAGAGAAAGAAAAAAAAAAAGAAAGGUCAACAAGUGAAUGAACAAAAUAAUAAAAAAGAUAAUAAUAAAGAUAAGAAAGGUAAAGAUAAAGAGAAAAAGGAUAAAAAAAAAUCUAUUAAGAAAAAAAAGCUUAAUAAAAAAUUAAAACAAGAGGCCGCUAAACGAGAAGACACUUGGAGGUCACCAAAGCCAUCAGAAAAACCUUGGCUUAUUUAUAAUUCUAAAGUUAAAUACACGAGUGUAACUCAACGGCUACACUACGAAGUUAUCGAGUUGGCAAAUUAUCUUUUACCAACUGAUGUAGAAUGUUUAUUACGAGCAUUCGUUAUCAAAAGGAUAGAACUUUUCAUCAAAAAAUAUUUUAAAAAUUCCGAGGUAAUGGUAUUUGGAAGUGUCAACACUGGUCUAUAUCUUCCUACAAGUGAUCUCGAUAUAGUUUGUUUUAUUCACGAAGAUCCAAACAGUGCUAUAAUUACGAUCACAAAUCUCUUGAAAAAGCUAAAUAUUAGUACUGAUAUACCCAUUAUGAAUACCUCAGCUAAAGUCCCUACCAUAAAGUUCCAGGAAUUUUACACAAAGUUUAAUGUAUAUAUUUCUCUUAACCAAAUUAAUGGGUAUUAUUCUGCUGUCACUAUACGACGAUAUAUGGAACAGUGGCCAUCAUUAAUUAGGUUGGUUAUCGUCGCAAGGUGCUUCUUAAAUCAUCAUAAUCUUGAUCGUGCAGAAUCAGGUGGAAUGAGUGGUUAUACACUUUUUUGUUUGAUAAUGGUCCCUGAUGACGAAAAUCUUGGUGUAUUACUUAUUGAAUUUUUCGAACUUUAUGGAAUUGACUUCAAUUAUGAAAAACUUGCUAUCCGUGUUAAAAAAGAUGAAGACCUUGGUGCUGAGAUAGGAUAUUGUAAGAAAGAAAACGAAUCUUGGGCCACGAAAAGUCCAAAAAGCUUAAGUAUUCAAGAUCCUAUACAAAAAUCAAAUGAUAUAGCUAAAGCUAUAACAAUGAUGCCAAAAAUUCGAGAACAUUUUAAAAAAGCAUUUAAUAUUCUCGUCAACCGUGUUUGUUUUCUUGAAGAUAACUCGCAAAGAAAUGGUGAUAAUACAUUCCCUGAUUUAUAUAAAGAAUCAAUUUUAUCAUCCAUUUUAUUCGUUCGCAAAGAAAUUAUUGAUCGCAGACGUAAACUUCAUCAGAGUUAUAAUAAGGGUAAACAACUUUGGCAGGUAGUCGCACCAUUCGGAACUGAUAUCGUAGAUUCGUUGCAACUUCCAAAUAUAGAAUAUAUCAGGCGAGAAUUUCGUAAAGAAAUUGAAGACAUUAGUGAGAAUAUAAAUUACGAACGUACUAGUCAAUUGGAAAUUUCUAAUAGACAAUUGAAUGUUCCAAAGGUUUUUCUCACUAAGUUGGAUUCACAAGUUAGAGAGACAUUAAUUAAUAAUCAUUCAGAUUCGGAUAUGGAUUUAUUAGAUUCUGCAAAACAAUCUAAUAAUAAUAUUUAUGCUCAAUCAACUGAAUCUUUAGACAGUAGUAGACCCGAUAAAGGAUGUGGUGUACAAUAA